CACUCAUCAGCAGCUCGUGCAGAUCGGAUCUGUUUUCUAUAAUUUUUUUGUAAAUCUCAUUCCAUGUCUUCACUUCAUCGGGAGCAUGAGAAACACGGAGACUCACCGGAGGAAGGAGGCGAGGAGCCCGGUACAGGGCCAGAGCAUGGGGUGAUGAGGACUCUCCUCUGCUGACUUCAAUGCAGAUGACCAGUGAUGGCCACAGCAUCACCUCAACAUUUGUUGGAUGACAUAAUAAACACGGGACAACAACAACAGGAACAGCAGCAGGAAUUCCAGAGCUCAUUGGAGACGAUCGUUCUCACCAUCUUUCUCUCCAUCGUUAUUAUCAUGACGGUGUUUGGCAACCUGCUGGUCAUGGUGGCGCUCUGCAAGGACAGACAUCUACGGAAAAAGAAGACCAACUACUUCAUCGUGUCGCUGGCGUUCGCCGACUUGCUUGUGGCGCUGGUUGUGAUGCCCUUUGCUGCCAUUGAGUUGACCACCGGCCAGUGGCGGUACGGAGAGAUUUUCUGCCUCGUCCGAACAUCCCUGGACGUCUUGUUAACUACAGCAUCCAUCCUGCACCUGUGCUGCAUUGCACUCGACAGGUAUUAUGCUAUCUGCUGCCAGCCACUGGUCUAUAGACACAAGAUGACGCCGGUGAGAGUGGCAGUAAUGCUCGGCAGCUGCUGGCUCAUCCCCACGUUUAUCUCCUUCUUACCCAUCAUGCAGAGCUGGAACGCCAUCGGCAUCGAGGACAUUAUUGAGGAGAGGCAAGCCAUGACGGGAGGCUCCAACGACACCAGCUGUGUGUUUCUGGUCAACCAGCCUUACGCCCUGAUCUGCUCUGCUGUGGCUUUCUACGUCCCGUUGGCCCUCAUGGUCCUGGCCUACCAGCGAAUCUACGUCACUGCCAUGAGCCACGCACGACAGAUCGAGACGCUGCAGCGCGCCGGCUCGGCCCCCAUCAGUGGGACGGCUCCGGUCAUCUCUGUGAGGUCCUCCACUUCCUCGGAUCCCUCAGAGCACUACCGUCUUCGGACAACAUUGAUGUCCUCCUCUUUGGAGCAGGCUCCCAUAGCGAACAGCCGCAUGCGCGUUGAGACCAAGGCGGCAAAGACGCUGGCAAUCAUAAUGGGCUGUUUCUGCUUAUGCUGGGCGCCGUUCUUCAUCACCAACGUGGUGGACCCCUUCAUUCAUUACUCAGUGCCCUGGCAGCUGUGGACAGCCUGGCUGUGGCUCGGGUACAUCAACUCAGGAUUGAACCCGUUCCUGUACGCCUUCCUGAACCGAGCGUUUCGGAGGGCGUUUCUGGUGAUCCUCUGCUGCGGGGACCAGCGGUAUGCACGGCAGGGAAGCUACUCCUAUAGACAAACCCGUAGACCGUGCUCUCCCACGUCGGUCAACGGCACAUCUAUGGCACUGAGAUUGUCGUUCCUGCCGAACCGGAGCUACAGUGACAACGGGCGGAAGAUACUGGCGAACGAACAGGAGUCCCAGGACUCUCUCGGGGGGCAAUGAGGACGAAUGUACGAUGAAGGAGCUGUGAUAUAAUCAGCUGAUGAGGACCUCUGCCGUGAUGCUGGAUUGUCACUCCGAGAUCAGACAUCAUGUAUGUUGAUGUCGUCCGGGGAAAUUCAAGGGUCAGUGGCACGACUGUUGAAAAUCGGACUCUCGAGAGGAGACGAGUGAAGCACACUGGUGCAGGAGUUCAUGGACUGAAACACACAUCUGUUCUCAAUCCAACAUCCGGAUCAUAGGAUGUAAAGCUCAAGUCAGGGGUCCAGGAACUACAGCAAAUUACUCUGACGAACAAGAUGGGAGAAUCUACCGCAGUUCAACCCAGAGAGCAACUGUCGCCGGUUCACACCAAUUACAGCAAGUGUUUUUACGGCAUUUAUACAUUUUUACCAGCAACACUCAUCUUUACCGGGACUCUUCAACACUCCAACUUCUGGAUGCAUCAUAAAAAAUUAACAUUUCUAUUUGUAUCCAACAGAAAACGCGGAAAGUCGCUUUAUUUCUAAAUACGACAUCGUUAAAACUUUAACUGUGAUGAAACACUUUCCAUGGCACAAAAUAAUGUUGCACUUACUGUGAGUUGAAAGUUUUAAAGUGUGUUGUGUCUCUGGUCACGUCCUCCUGUGAUGCAGCUCGACACCGCUGCAGCACCGCGGACAUUUUGAAAACCAGUCUGAACGUCAUCUUCAUCCCGCAAGAAGCAACGAUGACGUGUGAAGAUUUACUCUGUUUAGUAAAAAGUUUGUUACAAAGCACUGAACGUACAGUCGAGCAGAAUGUGAAAGAAAAAGUCUGAUUAAAAGCUGGUGAAAUGAGCAGCGUCUUCAAAUGCAGAUGUUGUACGAAGUGCAUGAAAAAAAUCUCAAAUUAUAUAAUGAAGACGGGUUCGCACGUCAUAAAUUACAUGUUUUAGACACAGCAGCAGUUGAGACUCCAGUAGGAAGCUGUAUGUGAGAGCUCGGUACCUGCAGGUCGAAUGGUUCCUGCUCUUGUUGGUCCGACACGUGGAAACUGAAACUGCAAAUGGAAACAACCACGACAAGGUUGUACAGAAGAGUUUACAGUUUGAUUUUACCACAGCAUCUGACCUAAAGCCCCUGAAAACUGUAUUUUAAUUCAUAUUUUACAUUUAUCAUAAGCAUUGAAAUAAAGCUAUUUAUUUAACUUAUUUAUUUAGAGUUUUUAACAUUCAAAUACCUUUUCUGGUUUGAUCAGGUUUGAUUGACAGGCCCAGCAAGAGGUGCAUUAACCUAUGAACUGAAAAGUCACAAUUUCAAAAUAAUAUCUUGGCAGAUAACAUGAUAUUAAUGUGAAGAUUUAGUCAUUUGUGUUGUUAAUACCAAAAAAUAAAUACAUUUGGAAAUUGGUAAAAAAGAAAAUUUUAUGUAGCAUUUGAAUUUUUUCUUAUUUCUUGUGAAUCUGAGUAAAUAAGUUAAGAUAAUGAGGCCAACGAUGUUCUAUAUUCUUCUUAUUUAUUACACUUCCAAUGAAAAGAUCAAAACCAAAAAUACAUUUGUGCAUCGUGAAGCUUUCUGAUGUAACUACACUAUAUAGACGUUUUCCUUUUUUCCAAAACUCAAACAGGAGGAAGCUGAGUCAAUGUUCGGGACCAUUUUCAGCUGCACUAGUGACUUUACAGCAUCAAAUCAAAUACAAUGAAUUCAUAUUCAUCAUUAUGAACUAACUGAUGUGCUUGAUAGGACAAUAAUGUAGAUUUAUGGCUUUAAACACUGACUCUUCUCAGUCAUUGGGGUUUUUGACAAUAAAAACAUUUUUUGGCACCACCUGAUUUUUCUUGCAAUUCUCACCUGCGUUCACUGUACAGAGGAAAUAUUUUAUUUUCUCAC